AUGGACAAAAACUACUGGGAGGUGGGCUCCUCCCUCUACCUGCCCCCCAUCAAGGACGCCGACACCGAGGACCCCAAGUUCGGCACCCCCGCCGGCGCCCUGCCCGCGCUGUCCCCCACCUCGCAGCGCGCCGUGGACUGGCGCGCGCGCGGCCGCGUCAGCUGGGCCAAAGAUCAAGGCGACUGCAACGCGUGCUGGGCGUACGCCGCGCUGGGAGCUGUGGAGUCGGCCCUGCUCAUCGCCACGGGCCGC